AUGCCUCGCCCGAGCCAACGACGCUCGAACGUACGCCUGCGCUGCGCCGUACCCGGCUGCCGUUAUAAUAGGGGGAAAGGCAAAGUGUUGAAAAAUACUACGUUGUUUUGCAUUCCUAAGGAUGAGAGACGCAAUGACUGGAUAAAAGCAAUAAAACCAGAAGACCCCAAAUACCCUCACCUGAUGGUCUGCAAACUACACUUCGCUGAUGACGACAUCGUCUUAAACAAGAAGAGAAAACGAAUUAUCUACGGCGCUAUGCCUACCCGCAAUCUCCCAGAGUCUGGUGAAGGCCCAGAACCACCAGUACACCAAGCUAUCGAAGAAGACAUCCUUGAAGAAGUAAAGUCUGAACCAGAUGAUGGUGCCGUAGUUGAUUUGUUCACAGAAGAGGAAACGGUUGUGCAGAAAAUACAGAAACGUACUUUAGAAUCGGAUGACUUGAGUGAAAUACCUGUGAAACGGGAAAAAGAGGAUUCAUACGAAGAUGGAGAGGCUAGCAUAAUACAGCCUUCGUACAGAUAUGAUGAAAUCUUUCCAAGACCAAUACAAAUUCAGGAUCAAUCAGCGAUUUUAGAUGAAAAGAUUGAAUCAAAUUCAAAUGCAACCGAGCUAGAUUUGCUCAUCAGGUUAAGUAAAGCUUACUUAAACCCGGAACUCGCUAAGUUUGUAGAAGUUCAGGCGAUAUUGAAAAGCGAAUUAAAAGCAGCAUUUAAGCGCAAGCGAUACAAUAAAGACGUGCUGUUUUUCGCGCUAAAGCUAUACCAUAAAUACCCGCAAACUUAUGAAUUAAUGCAGGAGUCAUUCUAUCUGCCUCCAUUACUGAAGAUUAAACAGUUGUGUCGGAAUUUGAAUUGGGAGAUGAAUGAGAGCUGGAUGACGGUUCUCCGAGCGAGAUUUCAGUAUGCGUCGACAGAGGAGCGGGAGUGCGUAGUGUGUGUAGCGAAGGUCAGGCUGUCGCUCGGUUUAUCAUACGAUCCAGUGCGCGAUCGCAUAGCCGGCCUGUAUGAGAUGAACGGUUCGCAGCGCCCUCGUACCGCACGCUACGCUACUGUCGUUUAUGCGAGAGGAAUCAUCUCCCGCUGGCGUCAGCCUCUUUCCUACGCUCUCCUCCCCUCCGGCUUUCGCCAGGAAGACGUCUGGUGCUGGUACGAAAACCUCCUUACCAAUCUCUUCGAUAUCGGGCUCAAUGUCCGCGCAGUCAUCACCGAUUUCGACGACGACUACAACACGUCAAUAAGACCAUUAAGCUCUCUUAAAACCUACUUCCAAUUGAAUGACAAGCAGAUCUACUGCUUCUAUGAUUGCACGCAGCUAAUGGUGAAGCUACGUGACUGUUUUAAGAUGUAUAAUGUAAACUUCAAAGGCAUGGUGGCGGAGUGGGACGUGAUUGAAGAACUGUUUGAGUUUGACAGCUCGAGGAGAUAUAAGCUGGGUGCAGGGUUGACAGCCGAGCACGUUAAACCAAGCGGGAGCGCGGCUCGUAAAACAAAGCUAGCAAUAGAAACGCUGUCUCCGAAAGUUGCCUCAGCUUUAGCCGCAGCCGUUGAUAUACGGGUCCUUGAUGACUCGGCCCACGGCACUGUUAAAUUCGUCGAGACCUUCAGCACUUUUUACGACAUCCUACACAAUAAAGAACUACCCGCACUGGAUAAGGUGAUUCAUUCGGAUAUGAAGUUCUUGCACGACAUGCUGAUGCAUCUUGAGAAGCUUUCAUUCAAGGACAAGCGUGAGAUGAGGAGCGUACAGGAUCCGGGGGUGAUCGGCGCAUUUAGUAAAGACGUGCGUUCUAUCAUGGCGCUGCAGGAGCGCAUGCGGCGGGCCGGGUAUAAAUCUCUGCCACUGCGCGCUUUCAACAACGACCCGCUUCAUCAGUUCUUCGACCGAUUAAAAGGAGUCAACAAAAAAGAUCCGACCGGCCGGCAGGUAGUCGACGGCUUUAGAAGAAACUUCGUCUUCAACAUCAUGAAGUCUUUCUGUAAAAUGGGUAAACUUGAUGACUUUCUGCAGACUGCAAGAGGGAUUAAAAAUGUUGCAAUGGAACCGGAAGCGCCAAAGAUGUUCAAAGGAUUAGUAAAGCCUUCCCACGUUGCUUUAUUGACGCGUGUGAAGAUGAGUCCUGAUAUCCUGCUAGCUCAGUGCCUCCGGCUGAAACCUUGCUGUGAGCUAGGUCAACAGUUCUGCAAGAACCCUCCCGCUGUAUUCAUCGAAUAUGUGAGUGACAUGGAGCGUUGCUUCAAACAGUAUUUCGCACCAGAAACGCUGGCCGAGGGCGUGAUAGCCACUAUACUGGCUUCACUAGAUGAGUUCCAGUUCCCAGCGCCGUGCCGCUGCUUCCCGGUUCUGCUCGUUAUCACCUUGUACUUGCGGUUCAGGAUCGCUAAUCUGGUUGAGUACAACAAUACAAAGUUCAGACGCGGUAUCAGCCGUGACUUUACGAUGAAUGUUAAAAUCAAUGCUUAUUGAACCACUUCAUUGUAACUUAUUGUUAGCUUAGUUAAGACUGAUUUUGGUAAACAUUAAUUUUAAGAGACGUAACAGAUUAGAAUGAGAAGUUUGUGAUUAAUUACAUCUACAUGGGUGUUGAGUAUCUUGAACUGUUAUCUGUAAAAUGUUCUAUUGAUUCGAUCUUAUUAAACGUUAUAAAACGCACAGCGAGAUUAGCUACGUAGUACUGAGGAGAAAAAGUAGGUAGGUACAUUAUCUAAAAGUGAUGUUAAUUAAAUUUAUAUUUCAGUGAUUUUUUUGGUUCCUAUUAUGUUCGCUUUUAAAAAUGGCAUUUUUUCCUCUCUGUAAUGACUUAUCAGAGAAAAUCUGUGAUCGAAUUUGUUGUAUUGUGCUUAUUUAGUUCCUAAUUUUUAUCUUUUGUAAUUCGUGAGUCGAAUUUCGAUAGUUUGUAACAUCUGUCGAAUUAAAUAAUAAAGUGGCCAAUGUAGGCCAUCGUCGCCAGCCGCGCACUAUAGUCACGCGUAUACGUAGCCGAUAGUUAUAUACUAGAUAGUAACUAUAAUAAGAGCUUGUCAAAAAUGCAAACUGAGAAUAGGUAGGUAGGCAGUUUUAUGUGCCAUUGGUUAAAGGAACGAGUAUAACUCGUCGCUAUUCUUGUGAUGAUUGCUUUCAUGUGAUUUGUAUUUUUUAUACUUGCUGCUGCUAAGAAACUAAGAAGCCAUUAAAGACUUGAAAAUGA